CACCCUGCAUCCAGCAUUGAUGUUUGCGCUAUGAGAGCCUUGUCUCCUCUCAUCAACCACGAGACCCAGUGACGUAACGUAUUCGUGCGUGCCUGGUGCCAGCGGUCCUACCUUCCAACAAAGAGAUUUGCACUGUCUUUGCUCCUACUGACAAAAGAAAAGUCUCUGAUGAGCUGCUCAGAGGUCAACGUGCUGACCAGUCAACUUCAAGGUUGGCUUACGUCACAAUUUGACACACGGAUCAGUGUCGUGUGAUUACCCGAGACGCCUAUUAUGUUUACCGCCGGGAUAUUUCUGCGAGGUGCAAUGUGCUAAUAUUUUACAAAGUUCCAGACUUUUCCCCUUCAGCCUGCGGUAGUAGGCAGAUCUGCUUCGCCAGUCAAGGCUAAACGGCCCCGUCUCCUUUCUGUUGCCAAUUCAUUAUUCAAAGACAAGUUCCAGAAUUCGUUUCAAGGAUUUUAUCUGCUAGCCGUGCCGGUCCGAAUCUAGUCUAACUUGUUUGUAAUUUGAGUAAAGAUAAUGUUUUAGCCAGGAUCAAAUCUGUUUUUCCUGCUGUACUGUUCAUGGGUGUCUAAUCGGAGCCGCGGUCCUGUUUCAUUCUUUUCUAAGUGGAGCCUCGGAAAGCAGAAACCCCGAGGGAAAGACUCCUGACUCUGCCAACUCCUUGUGUUUCUGUGGGUACCGUCGGGAAUGUCCGCAAGUAACGGAGUGCUCGUUCUCGCUGCCAACUCCUCGGCAGGCACUGCUGUCACGUGGGAUUCCUCGGCCAAUUGCAAUGCGGUGCCAUACACCUUUCACCUCGUCGUCGGCAUCUUCAUCACCAUCGUCGGCAUCCUCGCGGUUGUCGGAAACGUCCUCGUUCUUUGUACGUUCGCCAGACAUUCGAGCCUCCGGACCUCAUCGAAUCUGCUGGUGGUCAACUUGACUGUGGCAGACCUCGUCAUGUCGUCCUUAGAUUUCCCUAUCUUGGCCAUCUCCAGCUAUAAAGGGUGUUGGGUGAUGGGCUUUUUGGGAUGCCAAGUGUACGGUGUAUCGUCUGGUGUCGCCGGGCUGGUAACCAUCAACACUUUAGCUGCCAUCUCCGUAGACCGCUUCGUGGUCGUCGUCCAUCGACUCAGCCCCAUGCACCAAAUGGGCAAAUCCACAACAGGUGUCAUCAUCAUUGCCAUAUGGGCCCUGAGUGUGAUCUGGGCCGUGCUUCCCAUCACAGGCGUCAGCUCCUACCGACUGGAAGGAAUGGGAACAUCCUGCACCUUCGACUACGCCUCUCGUACAUCCUCAAACCGCUGGUUUUUCAUCGCUCUCGUCAUUUUCAACUUCUUCAUCCCCCUCGCCCUCAUCAUCUUCUCCUACUGGAGGAUAUACGCGUCUGUGCGCGCGGUGAAGCGAGAACUCAAACUUCUUCAGUCGGCGCGGACCAGCAUUUUACGAAAGCGCUUUGAGGUCCAAGCAGAAAUAAAAACGGCAAUCACCGCAUUGGUCAUCAUUUCCAUUUUCUGCCUUGCCUGGACUCCUUACGUCAUCAUCGCCUUUGUGGGUCUGUACGGGCCCACAACUGCCAUAGACCCGCUCGUCUCAAUGUUUCCAAACAUUUUAGCCAAAAUCUCAACCGUGUCGAACCCCAUUCUCUACUCAAUCGGGCAUCCCGAGGUGAGAAAGAAGAUGAAGAAACUGUUCUUACCUGGACAGCAGGAUUCCUCCUGGCGGGCCACGUCGGCAACUGCUGGGAACAGUAGCCCCGCGCAGUCAGAGAAUAUGAACAAUAUCAGCUUGCCGACUUACCUGUGAAUGGACACAGUGGCACCAAAACUGCCAGUUGCAUAAUAGGAUGUACCUAAGGUACUGGGCUUUCUUAUACGUUUUCCUGCUCAAAUGGUGACUGUUGUGGCGAUCUGAGAAACGAGUCUUCUGCCCAUGCCUUCUCGUCCCACCGUUAGCCGUGGUUAAGAAACUCAAUUCCAAACACCUCUUGUUUUAUUUUUUUUCUUGGUGUUGAUCGUGUCAGAAGAAAGGCCGUUGCGUUACAUUGCCUAGUUACUUCACCAUACUACGUCGUUGUAAUCUUGCCAUCUACUCGUAAUUGACUUCACAUAUGUAGCAAAGCAUGGCUCUUAAUAAGCUUUUGAAGGAUGUAUAACAUCUCAAAGAGGAAAGUAUCAAAUUAUGAUUAUUCUAACACAAGACAAUGUGUUUAGCAAAGAGAAAAGAGCAACUUCACAAGGAAGGAACAAUAGGUGAGGCAUCGUGGUGAAAAUAGGCGCUCGUCAAAAUAAUGAAAUCGAAGAAAAUGACACUGUUUA